AUCGACCGAACGACCUCACGGUCGCCCAGCAGGUCUUAAGGCCUUGCGCUCUGUCAUUUGCCCGCGUUUCGAACUCGGGGGACUCGGAGUGCUCAGGCUCAGCUCCCUGUAAACUCUAAGAAUCGUGUUUGCAAUCAUUCGUAAAACUCAGGAUGGUGCACACUGUCCACGGACCUGCUGCAAACGCCCUCGCCAGCCUAACGCCGCACCAGCUGGACUUCUUGAAGAAGCUUCCAAAAGCCGAGCUGCACGCCCACCUCAACGGUUCGAUCCCCUUCCCCAUUCUCCAGCAGCUUGCUCAAGAGCGCGAGACCUCGCUCGCUCACGCAGAUGAGAUAUCCAACGUCCCAGAAAUCGUGCGCGCAGGGCUCGAGAAGCUCAAAGCCGGCGUCGUCCUCGACCAGCUGCACGAUUUCUUCGACCUCUUCCCCGCCAUCUACGCGCUCACUUCUAACCCCGCGGCCCUUGCCCGCGCCACACGCGGCGUCUUAGAGCACUUCCUCGAAGAGCAGGACGGCUGCCCGCAAGCGGCGUACAUCGAGCUCCGCAGCAUCCCUCGCGAGACACCGGAGAUGACCCGCCGGAAGUACAUCGAGACGGUGCUGGACGAGAUCGAGCGGUAUCCGCCCGAGCGAGCGGCGUACAUCGUCGCGCUCGACCGUCGAAUGGAAUCCCGCUUCGCCGCGGAGUGUGUCCAGCACGCCAUCGAACUCAAGAACGCCGGGAGACGUAUCGUCGGCAUCGAUCUCUGCGGCGACCCUACGGCAGGCAAUAUCACUGAGUUUGCGCAAUACUUCCGACAGGCCAAAGAAGCCGGGCUGGGUCUGACCCUGCAUAUCGCCGAGGUGAAGGAAUGCCCGCCCACAGAGACCCUCCAGCUGUUGUCAUUCAAGCCCGACCGGCUCGGGCACGCAACGUUUCUAGACGAUGAGGCCAAGAGGAUCGUACACACCGACGAGAUGUGCAUUGAAAUUUGCCUUUCGUCAAACCUCUUAUGCAAGACGGUGCCCACGUUAGAUGUCCACCAUAUUCGCUACUACCUCAGUCAUAACCACCCAAUCGCGAUAUGCACUGAUGAUAUCCUCCCCUUCCGCAACUCCCUGGUCGGUGAAUACGCACUUCUCAUGGCGACGCCGCCAUUGGGCCUCGGACUCGAGGAAUCAGAGAUUGAGAAAAUUGCCAAGAUGGGCAUGAACUCUCGUUUCCGAUAAGCGGAAGCGAACAAGGACGUCGUUUACUGCGGUUUUACCUAGGACUACGGAGACGGAGAAGGACAGCGUGAACGGCUAGAUUGGCUCUGGUGGUAUUGUACGACAGAGAUGCUCCACUCGUGUACUUCGCCGUAUCCACCACUAUAGAGGCGCAUA